AUGGAGUUUUAUUUGAUUCCUGCAGUUUCUUAUCAAACACAAGAAAAAUUGAAAAAGAAAACUAAAAGAACCAAAAAAACACCAUCAGGUUCCAAAUCAAGUUCUAAUUCUUUGCCACAAAAUCUUCUGGCUUCAAGGAGAGGUUCAUCAUCAGGUUCAUCGUUUUCUUCAAAUUCCUUGUUUUCAAGUUCAUCAUCCACGAUUUCUUCACCCUCCAACUCAUCAACAAAAUCCAAAAAAUCAUCUUAUUCCAGCUCUAUGGAAACCAGUUCCACAGCCACUACAAACAAAUCAAAAUCAUCAUCAAACACAAUUCCAACGCCCAUUUCUUCAACAUCAUUAACUCAAACAAGGUCUCUUUCGAGGAAACCUACUAAUUCGUCUGAUUCAUAUUCAGUCAACUCUCUUAAAACAAAUUCAAGUGUAAAAACAUUCAGUACUUCCAAGACUUCAACAUCUAAGAAACAUUAUAAUUAUGAAUCAAAUACUACCAUGAAUGAAAUCCUUUCAAAACCAAAAUUAAAGAAGAAAAGUUUACGAUCAGUUUUCAAAAAUUUGAGUUUAACUAAUGAAAAAGAAAUGAUUAAUGAUCACGAAAAUUGUGGAUAUGAUUAUCAAUCUGAUGAAGAAGAUGAUAAUAAUACACUAGAUAAUCUGGAUUUGAAUACCAUAUAUUCCGAUGCAAAUUCAAUUUUCAGUCGUCGGAAAGCUCCAGUUCCUUCGAAGUGA